CACAUUCUCACCUAGGGGUAAUUUAGAGUCACCAAUUAACCUAUGAAGCAUGUUUUUGGACGGUGGGAGGAAGCCGGAGUCCCCGGCGAAAGGCUGGACUUGCAUCUUAACAUCUGUCAUUCAGCGCUGGCCGUCGGGCUGCUCACCUGGCGCCUUGGAUCUGAGAUCAAUUUUAGAGCUGUUUUUAACUUUGCAUGUUUUUAUUUGUUUUUAUCACUCUAUUUCAGGAGGGUGGAGCUCGGAGUGGACGGCUGCAUUGGUGGCGGUUUCCUGAGUGCUGUUGUCCUUCUUACACGAGUGCAGUGCAUCACGCUUUGGGUGUUGUUGUUGUGUUUAUUUGUAGUUUCCGCCACCUCGGUAAGCUCCUCCUCCUGCAAAUUUUAACUGCUUUUAAUUGGAUGAUAAUAAACUAUAUUUUAAAAACAGACCACAGCCUCUGCCUGGUUUAAAGAAAAACCUUUUACGUGCUUUUUUUUCUUUUCCUGGGGCAUAGCAGCCCCAGGUGGCGUUGUUGACAACAAUCCCCACGACUCGUGCUGCCACAAGGUGGCAUUGUUGGCAGGAUCUUUAACAUUGAAGGCAGAGGCUGGUGUGUUUUUUUUAUGAUUUUUAAUUGGUCAUUUUAUGUUUUAACAUUUUUUUGUGUGUGUGUUUUAAAAUGGAUUUUGUGUAUAUUGUUUAUAUUAAGGCAAAGCAGCAGCACAUUUCUUUUGAGUCCUCAGGGUCUACAAUAUUUCUUGUUGCACAAGUAUGGAGAAAGAACUCCAGGAGAUGAGGAGUCUUGUUGCCCAGCUUAAGGCUGAUAAUGAGAGGCUGCGUCGGGAACAGGUUCUAACUCAGCCAGAACCUAUGGCGGGCCCUAGUAGUGACGUGACCUCAGACUCUCCUCCUACAGCUUCAGGACCAGUAACUGAGAGACUAAUUUUUAUUCCCAGGGAUCGUAGAUGCCCCACGUUUAGUGGGAUGUCCAACCUCUCUCUUGAUGAGUGGUUGGAAGAGGUACAAGCCUGUAGUAGGGCCAGACAUUUGUCUGGGUCUGAACAGGCCUUUUUUAUGUUCGAUCACCUGGAAGGGGAAGCACGUGCAGAGAUCAAGUUUCGGCCUAAUGCAGAAAAAUCUGACCCUGCAAAAAUAACUUCUGUGUUGAGAGAGCUGUAUGGGUGCUCACAAUCGUAUGUUUUGUUGCAGGAGGCCUUUUUCUCUAGGAAACAGCAGGACGGGGAGAGUUUGCUUGAGUUUUCCUUGGCGCUGAUGAGUUUGAUGGAGCGGGUGAAACGGCAGUCGCCAUGUCGGAUGACAAAUGCAGAAUCGCUGUUGAGGGACCAGUUCACCGAACACGUGUGGGACAGCUUGCUGCGCCGUGAGUUAAAAAAGUGGGUUCGGGGCCAUCCAGACUCUACUUUGUUGGACGUUAGGAGGGAGGCCAUGAGAUGGGAACAGGAAGGACUGCAGGGUGGCACUAGAGGCCGGAGUAGCUCGGUCCCUUUGAUCAAUGGUACACAGUAUGGGGUGCAGGGUGGUUCUCAGCAGAUCACACACACUCGUCCAAUGUCCGAAAUUGGUGAGUUAAAAGAACUGAUUAGAUCCCAGCAGGAGCAGUUAAAUGAACUCACAAGGAAUGUUGGUCUUUUGCAGAAAUCGCACCAGCAGAACCGCGAACCGCGCAACCGUCAAAUUGUGUGUAGGCACUGUGGGCAGACUGGCCAUUUUGCAAGAGAAUGUGACGGCGUCAGAAUUUCCCAACCCUCAUCCCAGUUGGGUAAGGCUAAACCUCCGGCUUCCGAAAACUAGCGCCCACUAAACCGCCAAAGUUUAGGUGGGGCAGUGAUGGGCUCACGGCAGAUGUCUGGGGACGUUGAUGAUGCCGGCCGGUUAAUUUCCGAGUGUCCUUACUUAAAUGUAGACAUGGGGGGUGUUCAGAUCAGGUGUUUGGUAGAUACUGGGUCAAUGGUAUCUACCGUUACGCAAAGUUUCUUUCAGAAACACUUUGAGCCUUGGAGCCAAGAACGCCUCCAUCGUUGUAACUGGUUGCAGCUUAAAGCGGCA